CGUUUGUAUAAAGUUUUCCUCUCUCUCUCUCUGUACUUACCUUCCUCUCUCAGACACUCCACUGUCCAUAGCCAUUACUUCUAAACAUAUUUCAGAAUUUGUGUGUACUGUUGAAGGUCAUGGUUUUAUUAAUAACUUUUUGUUCUUUUAAUUACUGAAGCUCCUGUAAUAGUGGCCGUGGGGUUGUUGGGUAAGCAAGAUGGAGGGUGGUGGUGGUGGUGGUGUAGUUGAACAAACACAUCAACAAGCUGAAGAAAAUCAUCAGCCAUGCAAUCAGACAGAAGAGAGAGAAGAAUCCACCUUAAUAGUGCAGCAGUCAAGACAGCCAAACCUUUCUUCUCUCCAAAUACCCGAGAGAUCUGUAGAAAACAUAUUGUCCACUUUUACAAGGUUAGAUGUUCCGAGUCCUAGUUCUACCAGAGCAGGAUUGCCCCCUAGACCAAGUUCAGCCAAAUUCAGGUCGUCCAUGAAAAAUCUUCUUUCUCAGAAGAGCUUCAGGGGAAAAAAUGAAUCCCAAGAUGGUGAGAAGACUGUUCUCAUCAUCCCAGACACACUUCCUUCAGAUAAACAUUCUCCUCCGAGAUCAUUUUCUCCCAACAAGGUUUUGUCCUCUUCGUCAACAAAAUCUGCUCAUUCUUUGCCAGUGACACCAAUUGCAAAUUUAGUUCCUGAGCGUGCUCAGGAAAAGAAUCUGGAUGGCCAGUGUGAAUUCUCUCUGAAACCGGAAGUUCAGAGGCAUAUGACUCGAUCGUUUUCAGUUCCUGUAAAUGUCAAAAUCAGAAGUUUGAGGCGGAUGGACUCUACAGGAGGUUUGAUCCGUGUAAUAACAGCAAGCCCUCGGCCUACCGUGGUUGACAGUGCCUUGCCAGACAAAGCAAUAGAAACAGAAAUUGCUAGUGAAGAUGCUGGUGAAGAUAUUCCUGAAGAAGAGGCAGUUUGCAGAAUUUGCUUUGUUGAGCUAGGAGAAGGAGGUGAAACUCUUAAGAUGGAGUGCAGCUGCAAAGGAGAGCUUGCACUUGCUCACCGAGACUGUGCUGUCAAGUGGUUUAGCAUUAAAGGAAACAGAACCUGUGAUAUCUGCAAGCAGGAUGUUCGAAACCUUCCAGUGACACUGUUGAAAAUACAUAAUCCUCAGACUAAUAUAAGACGGCCAGUGAACAUGCCACAGCAGAGAGAAGUGACUCAGUACAGGCAUGUUCAUAUUAUUUCCAUGCCAUCUAUUAUAAAAUCUACCAUAUUAUUUUUAUGCGUGAAAGGCAAGGGAGAAUUUAUAUCUUAG